AUGAGGAGUAAUGAGGAGGGGGCGCACUACAAGAGCGAGACGGGACUCAUCGACGACUUCGACUACCCUUUCUGUGAUGAUGUCUCCAAGUAUGAGAAGCUCACCAAAAUUGGACAGGGCACGUUCGGUGAGGUGUUCAAAGCGAAGCACCGGCAGACGCGUAAGAUCGUGGCGCUCAAGAAGGUGUUGAUGGAGAACGAGAAGGAGGGCUUUCCCAUCACAGCGCUCCGGGAGAUAAAAAUCCUGCAACUCUUAAAACACGAGAACGUCGUCCCACUGAUCGAGAUCUGCCGGACGACCACCCGGACGGACAGUUCGGCCAAAUAUAAGGCCACCUUUUACUUGGUGUUUGACUUCUGUGAGCACGACUUGGCGGGCCUACUGUCCAACGUUAACGUCAAGUUCUCGAUGGGAGAGAUCAAGAAAGUGAUGCAACAGCUGCUGAACGGCCUGUUCUUCAUACACUCGCAGAAGAUACUGCACCGGGAUAUGAAAGCGGCCAACAUAUUGAUCACCAAGAAUGGUGUGCUCAAGUUGGCCGACUUCGGACUCGCCCGGGCUAUCUCCACGUCCAACAAGAGUCACGCUAAUCGCUACACCAAUCGCGUGGUGACCCUCUGGUACCGGCCCCCGGAGCUGCUGCUCGGCGAGAGGAACUACGGCUCGCCCGUCGACUUGUGGGGCGCCGGCUGUAUAAUGGCUGAGAUGUGGACGCGUAGCCCCAUCAUGCAGGGCGCCACCGAACAGAUGCAGCUCAACCUAAUCAGCCAACUGUGCGGCUCCAUUACCCCGGAGGUGUGGCCGGGCGUCGAUCGGCUCGAGCUCUACAAUAAGAUGGAGCUCCAGAAGACACAGAAGCGCAAAGUGAAGGACCGGCUCCGGGUGUAUGUGAAGGACCCGUACGCUCUGGACAUGUUGGACAAGCUGUUGAUACUGGACCCCAGCAAACGCAUGGACUCGGACUCGGCGCUCAACCACGACUUCUUCUGGUCGGAUCCCAUGCCUCAGGACCUGUCGAAGAUGUUGUCCCAACACACGCAGUCCAUGUUCGAGUACCUGACGCCCGCCCGGCGCCGGGUGGUCGGCCCACCGCCCCCUCAGAUGCCGGUGGGCGGUGUGGGCGGCGGCCCCGCCGGUCACGGAGCGCAUGGAGCCCAUCAGCAGCCCAGGCCUACGUCGGCGGCCGACGCUCAGUACGUCGACAGAGUUUUUUGAUGCCCUCACCGCCCGUUCCCUUUCGCUGUGCGGAAAGACUGUUAUCUCAGUUCAUAUGAAUUGUUUGUUUUGUUUGUUUCGACACUUGUCUCACGGUUUGCAUUAAUAUGUCAUUUAAGACAUCUGUAACUCAUUUCCAAUAAAUUAUUCGCAAUUGUAUUCAUGAAUAUAUCGGAC